CACUCGCACUUUCAACUUCACCUCUACUCUCUACUCGUCUCUCUCGACUCACACCCACAACAGAAUCGCCCUUCAGCGCUCUCCUACUGCGGCAUCAUCACCUCCUCAUCAGAGAAACCACAUCGCAUCCAGCUGUUCAUCGCCCAGGCUGGAGGCAGUUGCACCCAUGGACGCAGACAUCUACCAGUCCUCCAUCGCCAACAAUGCGAUGCCCGCGGCGCCCUACACCCGGCGUCCGCCGAGCCCGCCCUUCAUCCACAUCCCCCCCACGGGCACGGCCGUCUCGGACGAUGGGACCUUUAGACUGAUGCCGUCGUAUACGGACGUCGACUCCAGCCAGUUGACCAGCCGUGAUCUCGAUAUCAUCACCCAGAACGCUACGCAGAUCGCCACCGACCGCGCAGCCGACUGGACCUACGAGCAGCGCCGCGAGGCCCAGCCGCUUCUGGACUUUCUCUAUCUGGGCCCGAAUAGCGUGGCCCGUGAUCUCUCCUUUCUGCAGCGCGAGGAAAUCACCAUGGUCAUUGUCGCCCGCGACGUCCGCAUGACCGGCACACCGCUCUUGAGCAUCGAAAAGGCUGCCCAGGUUCUGGGCUUCAAGGUCCACUACACCGACAUUGAGGGGCCUGACCAUAUGAUUACCGAGUUUUCCAGCACCGUCUCUGCCAUCAACGACCACCUCCUCGCCAUUUACCACAGCCAGGCCCAGGGUAAGAACCAGGAUGGCCAACUGAUCGUUGAACCUUCGUCGUUCCGCCGAGGCAGGGUCCUCAUCACCUGCGAGACGGGCAACGACCGGUCCGCCGCGAUUGCCGCAGCCUACAUCAUGGCGGUGUUUGGCCAGGACAUGAUCACGACGCUGCAGUUCAUCUGCAUCCAGCGGUUCUGCUGCUGCUUUGACGAGGACGUCAAGCGCAAGCUCCAGUCGUGGGAAGACAUUCUCCGUGCACGGUCCCAGGUUGCACUGUCGCGGGCUGCUGUGCCAUCAGGGUCUGGUGCCUUUCCGAGCGCUCCACAAGCGAAGCGGCAAAUUGACGACGUCAUGGACAUGGAAGAGGAUUUUGUUGACGCUGGGAAUGGGGUUGUGACUGAUCGGGAUCGAUUUGAGGGGCGAGAUGCGUUUACACCUUUCUUGGACCAUAUGUAGGGAAUUAGGUGUACAGACGCUUGGCCGGGGACAAUGUGGCGCAGAGAAACACGGAAUUUGGUAUUGGCUUGCUAGCAUAUAUUAGGGGGUUGAGUUAUGGCGUACGGUUUCCGUGUGGUUUUGUUUAGAUACCCUGUAUUGAUAGACUCCCGCUAUUCAGAUUACUGGAUCUUAGGUAUGAGAAAAGGAACUAUCGGAGUCGGGGGAACUGGUCGCUAGACCAAUAUACAGAUGAUAACACGAGCAUUCUUGGAG